CUCUUCCGAUAGAAAAUGUCCCAUAAGAAAGAAGCCCGACCAUCGAUGAUUCUCCAACGUAGGACGAAGCAUGAUCUCCCACUCCCAGACGAAAUCAUGUUGGAAAUUUUAGCAAGACUUCCAGUGAAAUCCCUCCUAAGAUUCAGGUGCGUUUGCAAAACCUGGUACUCUUUUAUCACCAACCCCAGUUUCAUCUCCACCCACUUGUUGUGCUACAAUCAUGAUGAUGAUGGUUAUGUCAUACACAUGCCCAAGACUAAUUUUUUCAUGGUUCUUUUUUAUCGUCCUCACUGUCAAAUCUGUACGGUCGCUUCGGACCGCACGUUUGAAACUAUGUCCGAGUUUAGAAUUCCCUUCACUAUUGAAUCUGGGUAUCCCAAUUUAGUGGGUUCUUGUAAUGGCAUAUUAUGUUUCACUGAUUUUAUCACAGCAAAGUCUAAAGAUGUAUACUUGUGGAACCCCAGUAUUAGAAAAUUUAAGAGGUUGCCCAAUACUUGCUUGACCCUGUUAUGUAAUGUGGCACUCGGAUUUGGGUAUGAUUCCCAGAAUAAUGACUACAAGAUUGUCAGGUUUUCGUCGACUAUUGCCAAACCCCCUGAGGUUGAGGUGUACUCAUUAAGUUCGGAUUCAUGGAAAAGAAUUGAACUUGGAAUCUCGUGGAGACCCAAUGUUUUGGCCCACAACUUUAAUUGUACUUUGGCAUCCCCAUUUGUGAGUGGACAUUUGCAUUGGAUGAUAGAAAUCAUAGAAAAAGGAAGUGAGCAAGAGGAGCGUUUUACUUCUAUGAUUUUGUCACUUGAUGUCAGUAGUGAGAAAUUCAAAGAGCUACCACUGCCUGAUGAAGGAGGUUGUUUUACAAAAUGUCUUACGUCAUUCAAGGAAAAACUGGCUUUGAUUAAGUUUGGAAGUCGUGUGCUUUCGUGCUCCAUUUGGGUGAUGAGGGAGUACGGUGUGUUUGAUUCCUGGAAUAAACUUGGUGUUGUACCAGUUGGAAGCUAUCUUAAUUUCAUUGGUUUCACCAAGUAUGGUUUACUUCUAGUUCGAAAAAGGUCUCAGCUGGUCUCUACUAACAGUGAAUUAGAGAGCAAAGAUAAGUCUUUUUUAAUUGACCCUGAAACUCUGCACGAGAAGGAGAUUAGUUACAUUAGUAAUCAAGUUGAUAAUCAUUUAGACAUAGCUGUUUACAUGGAGAACCUUGCUUUACUUGAUGGAGAAAAUCUGGUAUCUUACUGAGAAGAUGGUGCUAUGUGUAUAACAAGUGAUGUCAUCACAGGAGGAUGAGAGCAAAGAAAAGGAAGAAGACUGGGUAGAAGUUGAAUUUAAGAUGUGGGAGAGCUGCAAGAUUGAAAAGAAAGAAUUCUUUUUCCAGAGAGAGAAGCAGAACAGGAAUGCAACAAAGAGGAAGUGGACUCAAAGAUGGAAGGCAGUGAGAACUUUGAUCAGAUAAAUGGGAUAUCUUCUACAGAAAACAUUGAUGAUGGUGGAAGCCCACCAUCAAAGCAGCAGCAACAUAAGAAGAAGAAGCCUAUGCUCGGAAAGUUUGGAAGCCUAUUCAAGAAGAAGGGCACUAGCAGCCAUAAGUAGAGAAAUAGACCAGUUUGGCUUAUCUUCUGCCCUACUAGCAGGCAGGUAUAUUUGGUAUUAUUGCACCUAAAUGUUUUUGCUUCAUUGUUUAUGCUUCCAGAAAGCCGAAUAGGUUAAAGAAAUGAAGAUGCUUGUAUAAUGUUUUUAGUUUUUUCUUCUAUUUCUUUUGCUUUUAAUGUGAUUCCUCAUGUGGAACGGUAUCUUGUAUGCAAUGGAGAUUUUUUUUUUUUUUUUU